UUUCCUUCGAACAACUUUGUCCUAUCAUUUACAUCAAGAUCAGAAGAUGCCUUUUUAGUGUAUACCUCCGCCUGCAAGAUUCCAAGAGUAGAUCCCUUUGAUCCAUCAGUCAAAAAACUAUUAAAACCGGGAACAGUGUUGAGAUGUAACCCGGAUGUUGACAUUGUUUACCAAAAAGACAACAAACUUAUCAUAAACCGGACGGCCGUAAAUGAAUCACGCAGAUAUAAAGAUUUAUCAUACUGUAAAUAUGAGACAAUAUGGCGUCCAUUUAAAAAACCAACGUCUCAUGACUUUUUCCGGUACAUAAAUGAAAGCGAGGCUUUCACAUCCGAUAUCAAACUAAGAAGUGAGGAUGAAUUUGUUAGAUUGAAUUGUUAUGAAAAAGACGACACUAGUAUCUAUACCAACUUUUUUGCGUUUGUUCAGAGAAAAGAUCAAGUUGAAAAGAGAUGCAAUAAUGUGUAUCAAAAACAUUCGAAAAAUCGGAAUGAACGUUUAAGCGUCAUGAUGCUUGGAGUAGAAUCUGUUUCACAAAUAAAUAUGAUUCGUUAUAUGACUGAAACACGUAAAUACCUUCUACAAAAUUUGUCUGCAAUUGAACUUUUAGGAUACAACAAGCUAGCUGAUAACACUUUUCCAAAUAUCGUCCCAAUGACAACGGGUAAAUAUCUAGAAGAAUUACCAUGGAACGAAACUGUUAAAGAUGUGCCACUGGAUAAACAUGAUUUUAUGUGGAAUAAAUAUUCUGGUGAAGGUUACCGGACGUUUUAUGCAGAAGAUGCACCAAAGAUCGCCAUUUUUGAUUACCACAAAGCUGGAUUUGAACGUCCUUCUGCUGACUACUAUAAUAGACAUUUAAGUGUCGCCAUGGAAAAGGAGUAUGAACCGUGGAACACAGAUAAUAAUUGUAUCCAUGCACGUCCGGAAACUGCUUUUAUUUUGGAUUAUUUAAAACAGUUUAUGACCGUAUUCAAAUCCGAUCCGUAUUUUGCAUUUACUUUUAUUUCAAGACUAACGCAUGAUCGGAUGGAACGCCCUGCAAUGGCCGAUCGUUUGUAUAGAGAUUUCUUUGAAAAGUUAAACAAAGGCAAUACUUUAAAUAAUACAGUGGUAUUCUUCUUCAGUGAUCAUGGAAUAAGAUUCGGAAAGGUUCGGGAAACUUUUAUUGGAAAAUUAGAGGAGCGCCUACCGUUUGCGUUUUUGAUGUUCCCAAAAUGGUUUUAUGAAAAAUAUCCAAAAGUAAAACGAAAUUUAGAAACUAAUUCACGAAGAUUAACAACUCCGUUUGAUAUUUAUGCUACUUUAAUGAACAUUCUUCAUUUCAAAAGCAACAGAAAAGAGAAAAUACAUAAAAGUAGAUCAACAAGCUUACUGGAUGAAAUUCCGGAAUCUCGAACGUGUAAUGAUGUUGACAUGCUACCUCAUUGGUGCUCAUGCGCAGAUCACGAAAAAUUGUCACCUAAAGCAGAGCGUGCAGUACAAUCAGCAAGACAAAUGAUACAAGAGCUAAAUCAACAACUGAAUAAAACGUCUGUGUGUGAAACGUUAUAUUUAAAUGAAAUAAAAUUGGCUACAAAACUGAUAUUGCCGAAUAAGGUUCUGACAUUUAAAAGCAGUGAUUGGGACGUUAUCAAUCGAACCGUAGUGUUCGGUAAUCGGAUAGAUUCUUAUGUUGACUAUCAACUUAUGUUAGAAACUAAACCUGGUGGUGCUCUUUUUGAAGGAACCGUGCGCUACAAUGAAAAAUACAAAACUUACAAAUUAAUGGGCGAGGUCAGUCGGAUUAAUAUGUAUGGCUCACAAUCACAUUGUGUUAAUGACUCUCAUUUAAAAAAGAUUUGCUUUUGUAAACAGCAGACUUAACUAUAGCAUAUCUUACUUUAAGACACAAGUCCUUACUUGAGCUUAGCAAUUCCUUGAAAGUUUUUCGUCAAUGUGAUUAACACGAACUUUCGAGCAAAUCAACUGUACCGAGUACACAUGGUUACUUAUAAUGUGAUCGUUUAAAAUCAUUUUCCAAGACAAUGUUAAUUUUGACCCAGAUUUCAUGGUUCACUUAAUAUGGUAAUAUGAUUGUGCGAGCAGGACAUGAUGUCCUACAGACUGAUAUUUUGUUUUUUAAUGAUUUACAUUCCUUGUUGAUAGAAAUUCAAGAAUUUUAGUUUUGCUGAAACUUUAUCAAUAUAUUAUUGAUCCCGUUUCAUCAGAACUCUAGCUAUCUUGACAAGAAAUCA